UGCAGCGGAAGUUGUUCUGCUCGAACGUUUAUUGUGUUCUCCAUGUUCCAUAUCGACGAACUAAGCCACUUUUCUCUCGACUUCUGGUGAAAUUAGUUUAAUUUUGAGUUCUAUUCAGCUGUAACUACUCGGUUAAUGUUGAAGGUAAAUAGUGAUGAACGAAAGCUAACAGAUGUGGAGACAGCAGGUCCAGCAGCACCUGGAUGCAGAGGAAGAAGAAAUGGAGGUUUUCCUUGGAAGUAGAGAUGCUCUUGAACAGGAAACAUCUGGAGGAAGCCAAAUCUUAGAUGCAGUUUUCAGUCCCAACGAUCAACUGCAUAUAAUAGUGGUUCCUGCAGAUGUUCAGAAGUCAGUACUGAUUAAAGAAGAAGCUCCUGAAGAACAGUGGCCUGAUGUGGACAAGCAGGAUGCAAAUUGCCUCCACAUAAAAGAGGAAGAGGAGGAACAGUGGACCAUUUUGGGGGGAGGGCAGCUCAGUAUGAAGGAGGAGACAGAUGUCACCAGCUUUUCAUUAACUGCAGUUCCUUUUAAGAGUGAGGAUGAUGAAGAGAAACCUCUGUUCUCACAGCUUCAUCAACACCAAGAUAAAGUCUGUGAUCUUCCAACCAGCAGCUCAGGUGACCACGAAGAAUUAUCAACUGGUGAAGGAGAAAAAGAUUCAAAAAAACAAGAUCUAAAUGCUUAUAGAGAUUCUGAUUCUUCAGAAACUGAAGUUAGUGAAGAUGACGAAGAGGAUAAUGACGUGAACAAUCCUGAGUCUCAGAUGAAACUUUUAUCUGACAUUGGGUUAAAAACUGAAGACACUGAUGACAUCUGGGAGUCUUCACCCAGCAGGGUCUCUGAGUCAAGUGUGAACAGGGUCCACAACAAAAAUGGACUGAAGCCAUUUGGCUGUGAUGUUUGUGGGAGAAGGUUCAUUCAUAAGGUAUAUUUAAAAAGACACAUGAAAAUCCACACAGGACAGAAACCAUUUUCUUGUGAUCUGUGUGAAAAAAGGUUUAGCGUAAAGGGCAAUUUAACCAGGCACAUGAUGAUCCACACAGGACAGAAGCCAUUUUCUUGUGAUCUGUGUGAAAAAAGGUUUACUGAAAAGGGUGGUUUAAGGAGACACAUGCUAAUCCACACAGGACAGAAGCCCUUUUCUUGUCAUUUGUGUGAAAAAAGGUUUACUGUAAAUGGUAGUUUAAAAAAACAUAUGAUAGUCCACACGGGACAGAAGCCAUUUUCUUGUGAUCUGUGUGAAAAAUGUUUUACUGAAAAGGGUAGUUUAAGGAGACACAUGAUAAUCCACACAGGACAGAAGCCAUUCUUCUGUGAUCUGUGUGAAAAAAGGUUUGCUGAAAAGGCCAGUUUGAAAAAACAUAUGAAAAUCCACACUGGACAGAAACCAUUUUGUUGUGAUUUAUGUGGCCGACGGUUUAAAAGAAGGGGCUGUUUAAAUAGACACAUAAGAAUCCACACAAGACAGAAGCCAUUUUCUUGUGAUCAGUGUAGUCAAAAGUUUUCCAAAAAGGACAGGUUAAAAAAACAUAUGAUAAUCCACACAGGACAGAAGCCCUUUUCUUUGGUUCCUGCAGAUGUUCAGAAGUCAGUGCUGAUUAAAGAAGAAGCUCCUGAAGAACAGUGGCCUGAUGUGGACCAGCAGGAUGCAAAUUGCCUCCACAUAAAAGAGGAAGAGGAGGAACAGUGGACCAUUUUGGGGGGAGGGCAGCUCAGUAUGAAGGAGGAGACGGAUGUCACGAGCUUUUCAUUAACUGCAGUUCCUUUUAAGAGUGAGGAUGAUGAAGAGAAACCUCUGUUCUCACAGCUUCAUCAACACCAAGAUGAAGUCUGUGAUCUUCCAACCAGCAGCUCAGGUGACCACAAAGAAUCAGCAACUGGUGAAGGAGAAAAAGAUUAA